AUGGCGACGCCGAUCUCUCCAUCUGAACAGACAAAGACAACCACCUUUAAGUCUCGGCGCGUGCUGGCCUGUGUUCUGUGUCAGCAACGCAAGAUCAAGUGUGAUCGUACAUUCCCGUGCGCCAACUGUAUACGUGCUGGUGAGCAGUGCAAGCAAGCAAUCCGCCAGCGACGCCGGAGGUUUCCCGAGAGAGACCUUCUGGCGCGCCUAAGACAUUAUGAGAGCCUGCUUCGCCAGCAUAACAUCAAGUUCGAUCCUCUCCACACGGCUACCACAGACCGCCGCAGGUCUCCAAGUGAGGAUGAGCGAGAUGAACUUCCGGAGGUUGUUCGGUCGGAAAGUACACUUCCUGUUCGGGACUCUCGCCCCUUCAAAGAAAACAAAGCAGCCAAGUCUAAAUCAUUGAAUCUCUGGCAUGCUAUGAGUCAAAAGACCGUAGAUCCCAAGAAUGAUGACGAAAAUGACGGCGAUGAUGAUGAAAUCGACGAUGGGUUCCUGCACGACAACGAUGAUCUGCGCCACGCGGUAAUUAAGAAGGCAUGGAACCAUAUGUUUCAAGGCAAAAGCAACGACCACCUAUUAUUUGGUUCACCGGCAGGGAACGUCGAUAACCUUUCUGCUUCGCAUCCGACCCAGGUACAGAUCUUCAGGCUUUGGCAGAUCUACUUGGACAACGUCAAUCCUCUUCUCAAAGUCACGCACACUCCCACACUUCAAACACGUAUCAUCGAUGCUGCUAGCGAUAUAUCCAACGUCAAUCCCACAUUAGAAGCAUUGAUGUUUAGUAUCUAUAGCGUCUCCAUUCUAAGUCUCACAGAGGAUCAAUGCAGUGCUUUGUUCGGAUAUGCUAAAAAGCAUCUAUUAACAACCUAUCAGUCUACAUGCCAGCAAGCGUUACGGGGUUGUUAUAUUCUACAAUCUAGUGAUCGAGAGUGCCUAACCGCGUUAUAUCUAUACCUAGUGUCGAUCAGACCUGACACAGACCCUACUUCUCUUUCGUCAAUGCUUAGCGUUGCUAUACGAAUUGGUCAGCGGAUUGGUAUUCAUAAUGAGUCAACGUACGGUAAAUGUUCCGCUCUAGAGGCCGAGAUGCGUCGAAGACUAUGGUGGUCUCUGAUCAUCUUUGAUAAUCGCAUCUGCGAGAUGGCCGAUUACAAGACCACGUCGCUGGCUCCUACGUGGGACUGCCGCAUUCCUCUUAAUGUGAGUGAUUUCGAACUUCAGCCAGAGAUCAAAACUCCACCCGCACCAAACGAGAGACCAACAGAGAUGCUUUUUGCUGUUGUGCGCAGUGAGCUCGCCGACUUUGUCCGUCAUAGUGCCUUCCACCUCGAUUUGACCAAUUCCUUUUUGACCACGAUCGCCCCUGGGUCUACUGCCAUAGACGAAAUGGAACGGGCUAUAACGCUAGAGAAGACAAUAGAAGAGAAAUACUUGGCAUCAUGCAAUCCAGAAAACCCACUGCACUUCAUGACGAUCUGGACAAUGCGGGGCUACAUGGCCAAGAAUCGACUCUUGCAACACUACUCCCAAUACUCGACAACCUCCACGCAGCAGACAGAUACACAGCGCAACGUUGGCAUUUCCUACGCACUGCGUAUGCUAGAGUGCGACACCAAACUCAUGACGUCACCUCUCACGAAGGGAUACUUGUGGCUUGUUCACUUCCACUUCCCCUUCCCCGCGUACAUCCACCUCCUCCAGGAGUUGAAGAAAGGGCCCGUCGAGGAGCAUGCAGACCGGGUGUGGGAGGUGAUGAGCAACAACUACGAGGUUCGCAUGAUGGAUGCCAAGGAUGACGAUCGCCCUUUCUUUAUCGUCUUCUCUCGGAUUGUCUUUCAGGCUUGGAAGGCGCGUGAACAGGUAGCCAGACAACAGGAGACGCCCCUAGUGGCACCGCGGAUUGUGUCGGAUAUCCGAAACAAAGUGAUGCAGAUGAUGUUGAAUUUCGGACAUGAUGCGGACACAGCGCAGCCAAGUGGUGCACCCGCUGUCAAUGCGGAUAACCUGUCAGUGCCCAUGCAUAUGGAGUUCAAUAUCCCUGCGGUGGAUUAUGGCGAUGGGGGGCAGAUGCCUACGAGUUUGAGGCCGUGGGGAUAUCCUGAGAUGGCUGGCCCGGGCUCCAUGGAUGUGGAUGCGAAUCAGUUUAUUUUGAACACUAUGGAGUGGAAUGCGUUGCAUGCACAAAGAAUGUGA